AUGGAGAAUGAAGGAGCCUCUACCGUUUGCCCUCUCGACCCCGGCAACCCGCUGUUCCUGUCCGGCGAUGGCUUCGAGCCCGCCAGCGUUCUCUUUCCUCACGCCGUUUUUCACUUCCCCUUGAAGGACAAGAAAGAAGCGUACGACUUUAUGGACAAGGUCGUUGACAAGUAUCGCCGCCUAUGCGAUGAAAGACAGCGGUUGGGCCUCAAGAGGCAAAUGCUCGAGGCCCGAAUUUCCUGUGUGGAAAGGAAGGUGAGGUCCAUGGAGAGUGACCCCUUCCAGUGGGAUUGGAGGAACUUCGACUGUGCGGCAAAGAUCCCGCAUAUGCUUCGGAUGUAUCUCCGUGCUCGAGGUCAAGUUCCUUGCCCCGUAAAUGCUCCGGUCGAAGUGAUCCCGUCUGACAGCGAAGAGGACAACGACGAGGAGGAGGAUAGCAACCCCUGA